AUGUCUAUCCUAGACAAACUGGACAUUGAGACGAGACUGCUUGAGGUCUAUCGAAUGGGGAAACCUGGUGUGCCCUUAAAGGCUCCCCUGCUGCGGAGGCUGCCCGGUUGUGAUCAGAUAUUCAUCCGCAGGUCGAUGACCCGCGAAGAGAGAGAUCACGACCGGGCCCUUCGCCAGCAGGCGCGUGAUCAAAACAGUAAAGAACCCGGUGGCGGUAGGGUCUUCGUGGUCUACGGAGGACAGGUGGUUCUUUCCAUAAUCUGCUUCGUCAAUGCUUUACAAACCUACGGCGCCCCGAACAGUUUCUCUGUCGGUGGCUGUGCUAGAGCUCCGCCAUCGUUUUGGUCAGCUGGAAUGCAGAAUGAUAACAGCAUUUCGGAUCCAGCUCCACUGGGAAUCAAUGUCCAAGUUACUGCGGAAGUCUCAAUAAACAACGCUCAUGUUUCUGACAUGCCUCCUAGUGUUGGAAACAAUCCUGAGAUAACCAAAGAGGUGCCGCUGUUCAAGGUUAAUACUCAUCCUCCUUCUGUGAUCGAAAGCAAUUCCAAAGAACCUCCCUUAUUCAAUGCGUAUCCACAAGCUGAUCCACCGACGAAUGGUUUUUGGCCCGAUCCAAAAGCUGUUCGGGAUUUCCACAAACGUAUGAAGGAUCCAACUUUUGGCUCUAGGCCGGAAAACACGGAUAUGGGCUCUAGGCCAGGAACGAUUGAUCUGGGCCCUGGGCCAGAAAAUGUCAAUAAGCAAAAGGAAUCGGCCUUCAUUCAUCACGCGGAUAAUGGUGACUAUACUCAGCCGCCAGCUCCCGUCACUUUCCCGCCAUUCACCUUCAGAAUCAUAGCCGAACCACUACCUACUUCAACACCAACUCCAUUCUUUCCUCCACCCGCCCCAUAG